UAAAUAUAAUUUUGUAUAUUCUGGUUCCGUCUGUGCUCUAUUAGUGCUACAUGGUUUAAUGUUACUGGUUUACAUAGCCCACUAACUUGAAAAGCAGAACCACAGUUACAUAAGAAUGUGGGCAUGAACAUUCUGUAACACCUUUCAAGUUUCAAUUACCAAAUUGUUGCAAUCCUGAACUGAAGUCAAGUUUCAAGUUUCAACUGCACAUUAUAUCAAUUGCAAAAACAGAACCACAUAAAAGUACAAUUUUUUUGUUUGCCAUGAAAAUUCCUCCAAAGAAACCUCAUUUUUUCAAACCUAUGCUGCCAGGUUUCAAGCAUGAUCUUAAAAUACCUAUAGGUUUCUUGAAAUAUCUGAAGGGAUACGACCAUAUUGAACAUGCAGUACUAAAAAGGGAUGGUAAGAAGUGGCUGGUGAAGCUGACCGGCCGUCGAUUCGAAGCUGGUUGGGCAGAGUUUGCAGAAGAGCAUGAUUUGCAAUUGGGAGAUAUGUUGGUGUUUAGACAUGAAGGUAAUAUGGAGUUUGAUGUUUCUAUAUUUGGUUCUAAUCACUGUGAGAGAGAAUAUGCAGAGUAUCUUGAAGAAGGAGAAGUCCAUACUGUGGAAGAGACUUCCAAGAAUUUUGAAUUUAAAGAUGCUGCAGCUGCUCUUCACAAUCCUUUUGGUCAGUCAUAUUUUAUAUGCACUGUUAAACCAUAUUGCGUUACAAAUGGUUUUUUGCGCCUUCCUAAACAAUUUGCAUGGGCGAAUGGUCUCGCUAACAAGAAAUGCGGUUUGAUUAUCAGAGAUGAAAGACAAAGGUCAUGGGAUUUAAGGCUAACUACCUACGGUUCCCAAGUCUAUAUGGGAGGUAGAUGGGGUGAAUUCCGUGCUGCAAAUGACAUAAAGGUGGGAAAUUAUAUAAUGUUUGAGGUUGUUAGUAAUGGAGAACAACCAGUGUGGAAAUUUCAUGGCAAACCAAACCCCAGCAUCAAUUCAUCAAGUAAGGCAUUUCCCCAUUUUGUAUGCACUAUUAGACCUUAUUGCCUUUCAAAUGAUCUCUUGUGCAUUCCAAGACAAUUUGCACAUGCAAAUGGUCUCAUUAACAAGAAAUGCGAUUUGAUUAUUAGAGAUGAAAGGCAAAGGUCGUGGAGUUUAAGGUUACGUUCUUUUGGUACUGGUGUAUGUAUUAAAGGCGGAUGGCAUGAAUUCCGUGAUACAAAUUGCUUAAAGGAGGGAGAUCACAUCGUGUUUGAGGUUGUUACUAAUGGAGAAAAACCAAUAUGGCAAUUUCGUCGCAAUAUUUCUGGAGAAAAUGCAAGCAUAUCAUUCAAGGGGUUGACUGAACAAUGAAGCAGAUGGUAUAAAGAGGAAAAUUGAAGCAAUUGAAUCAACAUUUGGUGCACAACCUUAACAAACUAUGUUACAUUUUCUUCCAGAAAACUCCAUGUAAUGAAUCUUUCUCGAGAGGUUUGGAACUGAGUACACUGGUCGGGGAGUGGUCUACGUGAAACAUUUAAAUCAGAAAGUGUUAUUUCUUGGCCAUUGGAUCAACAAGGAUGUGAUAUGUUCAUAGAGAAAUUAAUUUUUUCAGCUUCUAAAAAAUAGCUUAAUCUGUUUUUUCAGCCACGUGGAGAUAUUAUAAGCAUUAUUUUGUAAAUGCUGAAAGUUAUGGUUAAAGCUAAUCCCCUCCCAGAUAUGCUUGGAGUACAACAUCUGAAGAAGAUAUGCUCGAUAUCCUCUUUCUCCUUGCAGCAGAUGCUACACAUCUAGGUAUCGCUAAUGUGUCUUCUAA